CUCGAGAAUAUGGACACAACACCCCAUCUUGAUUCUAGGGUUUUAUCCCUCAUAUUCCUCUCUCUCCUCUCCUCUUUUGUCUUUGUUCACUGUAAGAGUGACGACGCUUCAGUAAUGCAGGCUCUCAAGCAGAGCAUCAACCCUCCGAGUUCACUCGGCUGGACCGACUCAGACCCCUGCAAAUGGCAGAAUGUGGGUUGCUCCAGCGACAAUCGGGUCACCCGAAUCCAAAUUGGGCAUCAGCACCUGAAAGGCUUUCUUCCUCCGAGUCUCGCCAACCUCACUUCCUUGCAGAGACUCGAGUUCAUGUCCAACCAACUCACUGGUCCGGUUCCGAGUUUGUCUGGGUUGAGUUCUCUCCAGUUCUUGUUCCUCAACAACAACAAUUUCUCUUCCAUUCCCUCCGAUUUCUUUCUCGGAAUGACAUCUCUUCAAGGUGUUUAUCUCGAUUACAACCCCUUUUCGCCGUGGCGAAUCCCGGAAAGUCUCCAAAACGCCUCGGCUCUCCAGGUUUUCUCUGCCAAUGCGGCCAAUAUAAUCGGAAACAUUCCCGAAUUCUUUGGCGGGUUUGUGAAUCUGGGUUCCUUGCAUUUGGCAUUCAACAAUCUCGAGGGUGGAUUGCCGGGAAGCUUUUCGGGUUCGUCGAUUCAGUCUCUGUGGUUGAAUGGGCAACAGGGUAUUAGUUCUAAGCUCAAUGGCUCAAUUGGGGUGAUACAGAACAUGACCCAAUUGAACCAAGUGUGGUUACAUUCCAAUUCCUUUUCGGGUCCUUUACCGGAACUUUCAGGGCUAACCGGGUUGCAGAAUUUCAGUGUUAGGGACAAUCGGAUCACGGGUUUAGUACCCGUGUCUCUUGUGAACCUUCCAUCGCUUAAAGUUGUGAAUUUGACAAACAAUCUGUUCCAAGGCCCGACCCCAAAAUUUCAUUCUUUGGUUGCAGUUGAUAUGACAAUUGGGACUAAUAGUUUCUGCUUAUCUGAUCCUGGUGUUGGUUGCGAUUCCCGGGUUAAUACAUUACUUACGAUUGCACAAUCUGUUGGUUAUCCAACGGUGUUUGCGGAUAAUUGGAAAGGGAAUGAUCCUUGUGUCCAGUGGAUGGGUCUCACUUGUUCUAAUGGGGACAUUACUGUUGUCAAUUUUCAGAAAAUGGGUCUUAGUGGUAUGAUUUCUCCCAAUUUUUCGUCAAUUACUUCGUUACAGAGACUACUUCUUGCUAAUAACAAUCUUACAGGCACUAUCCCUAAUGAGCUCACAACUUUGCCUAACCUAAGAGAAUUAGAUGUUUCGAACAACCGGCUUUAUGGGAACAUUCCAUCUUUUCAGAGUAAUGUACUUGUAAAAACUGAUGGGAAUCCUGAUAUUGGGAGGGAUAGUGUUAGUCCAUCGCCGGGAACGCCCUCAGGUAGUGGAACAAAGACUUCGGGAAGUAGUGGCAAUAAGUCGACUGGUGUGGUUGUGGGUUUGGUAAUUAGUUGUAUUUGUGUGGUAUUGGCUGUUGGGGUUAGUGUGUUCUGCAUUUGUAGGGCUAAACAAAAGCAUUCUUGUAAGGUGCAGAGUCCAAAUGCCAUGGUGGUUCGUCCUCAUCAUUCAGGUUCAGACCAUGAUGCUGUUAAGAUUACCAUUGCUGAUUUGGGUUUAACUGGUGGGACAACGAGUGAAACAUACAGUCAUGACAAUAGUGGACCUAGUGAUAUUCAUGUUAUCGAAGCCAGAAAUAUGGUAAUCUCCAUUCAAGUUUUGAAGACUGUGACCAAUAGUUUUAGUGAAGAGAACAUAUUGGGAAGAGGAGGAUUUGGAAAAGUUUACAAAGGAGAGUUGCAUGAUGGGACUAAGAUUGCGGUGAAGAGGAUGGAGUCUGGAGUGGUGAGUGACAAGGGUUUGGAUGAGUUCAAGUCUGAGAUUGCGGUGCUUACUAAGGUUCGACAUAGGCAUUUGGUUUCUCUCUUGGGUUACUGCUUGGAUGGAAAUGAGAGGCUACUUGUUUAUGAAUACAUGCCUCAAGGGACUCUUAGUAGGCACCUGUUUCACUGGAACGUGGAAGGGUUGAAACCCCUUGAAUGGUCGAAACGUCUGACCCUUGGCCUGGAUGUGGCUAGAGGUGUUGAGUAUCUACAUGCUUUAGCCCAUCAAAGUUUCAUCCAUAGGGAUCUUAAACCAACCAACAUUCUUCUAGGAGAUGAUAUGCGUGCUAAGGUUGCAGAUUUUGGACUUGUUCGUCUCGCACCAGAUGGGAAUGUUUCAGUUGAAACAAAACUAGCUGGAACUUUUGGGUAUCUUGCACCAGAAUAUGCAGAGACAGGACGAGUGACAACUAAGAGUGAUGUGUACAGCUUCGGAGUGAUUCUAAUGGAGCUGAUUACAGGAAGAAAGGCACUAGACCAGACCCAGAAGGAGGAGAGUGUUCAUCUUGUCACAUGGUUCCGCAGAAUGCAUAACAAGAAGGACACAUUCUGGAAGGCUAUUGACCCAACAAUUGAUCUUGAUGAAGAAACGCUUGCCAGUGUCAGCAUUGUUGCUGAGCUGGCUGGACACUGCUGCGCAAGGGAUUCAUCUCAGAGACCUGACAUGGGUCACGCCGUCAAUGUACUCUCAUCUCUCACCGAGCUUUGGAAACCAUCAGACCCUGAUGCUGAUGACAUUUAUGGAAUCGACUUUGAUAUGACGCUGCCACAAGCAGUCAAGAAGUGGCAGGCUCUGGAUACGUCUUCAUCAGCUUUACUUGGCAGUGGUGACAAUACCCAAGGCAGCAUACCCAAUCAGUCAUUUAAGGGUUCAUUUGCAUCUGCAGAUGGGAGGUGAGAGACUAAUUGAAGAAGACAAGACUGCAGUGUGAGUAGAGUUAUUAUUGAUGGAUGGUUCUUGUUGAGAUGUGUAGGGUUUGUUCAUUCUUUUGGCUGCAGCUUCCAUUCUUUUCCUCUUGUUUGUUCUUUCAAGGUUUGCUCCAUUUUCUCAAGAUGCUGCUUGCCCCUCCUUUUUGUCCCUUUUGCUAGUUUGGAUUCUUUUUUUUCUUUUUUCUUUUUCUCCAGUGGGUUGUUGAUUUAAACUUUGAACAACUUUUUUUACUUUUCUUUUGUUAUAUGUUCUUAAAAGUCUUGGAAAUGCAUAUAAAUAAAUUAUUAUGAGGUCUCUUAA